AUGGCCACAUCAUCAUCUACUUUGAUUCUUGAUUCAACAUCAAAUGUUACUGUUAAUAAAAAUAAAAAUAUAUCAAUUUAUCAUUUAAAUCGUAGUAUUGAACGUGCACUUGAUGAAGCAAAUCAUACAGGUGAACUUAAUUUAAAUGGUCGUACACUUCGAGAAUUUCCUAAUUAUAAAUGUGAUCUUUCUGAUACAGUCUUUGCUGAUCUUUCUCGUAAUCGUUUUAUUGAAUUUCCACGUAUAUUAUGUUCAUUUUUUUCUCUUGAACGUUUAAAUCUUUAUCAUAAUGUAAUUAAAUCAAUACCUGAACAAAUUGUUCAAAUUCAUAUGUUACACACUCUUGAUUUAAGUCGAAAUCAACUUGCUUAUAUUCCACCAGCAUUAUGUAAAUUACCUAAUUUAGAAGUUUUAAUUAUUAAUAAUAAUAAACUUGUUUCAUUACCUGAAGAAAUUGGUCAAUUAGAACGAUUAAUUGAAUUAGAUGUCAGUUCAAAUGAUAUUACACAAUUACCUUAUCAAAUAGGAGCAUUAUCAACACUUCGUACAUUAAAUAUUCGUCGAAAUAUGAUUAUUGAAUUACCAACAGAAUUAUGUGUAUUAAAAUUAAUUCAUUUUGAUUGUUCAUAUAAUCGAAUUGCUCGUUUACCAUUAAAUUUACGUGAAAUGAAUAGUUUAAUUGAACUUAACGUUGAACAUAAUCCAUUAGAAAUGCCACCGGCUUCAAUUUGUACACUUGGUUUACUUCAUAUAAUGCGUUUUCUUCUUAUUGAAGCAAUGAAAGAAGAAAAACGACGUGGAAUAUUAACAGAACAUGAAAUUAAUGAAAAAUAUAAAAAUUCAUUUCCAUAUCAAACAUCAAAAAAUUUACAAUGUGGUAUAAGAAUGGGAAAAACAGUAGUACCAUCUGAUUCAGGUUAUUUAACAACUGAAGGAAGUGAAAAAACAAUUGGUGAUGAUGAUUCUAUAUUAAGCAUGUCUAAUGAACAUACCCUUCGAAGUGAACCUACCCUUAUGCUUACUUUAGCUGAUGAAUUUUCUAAAGAAUUAGCCAGACAAAAAGCUGAAUAUGAAAGAAAAAAAUAUCAAGCACAACAAUUAAAACGACAUUUAUUACAGCAAUUAGGAGAAACAGAGAGUCAAAGAACAAAAGCUCGUGAAGUAGCUCGACGAUUACAUGAUGAAAAAUUAGCUAAAAUGGAAAAACAACGUGAAGAUGCUCGACGUAAAAUGGAGAACAGUAAAAAUAUGCAAUUAUUUAAUUUUUCAUCAAAAGAUGAUUAUCAAAAAUCACGUCCAUGGUUAACAUCAAAUAAAACAAUAUUAACUCGUCAAUUAUCAACUAAUGAAUCAGCAAUACCAAAUCAAAUUCUUAAUGAACCAAUAUUAAUUAAUUCAAUAAAUGAUAAAAAUAUUGGUGAUAAUUCAUAUCAACGUUCAAUAUCAAUUGAAAAUGCAACUAUAGAUGAAUAUUUAAAACGAUCAAAUCGUGCUGUUAGUGUUGAACCUAAUUUAAUAUCCGGUGGAAAUGAUAUUAAACAUUUUUAUAAACAAAAAACUUUACCAAAUGGUUCAACUAUACAAUAUGAUAGUACAAUAAUAACAAAUCGACAAUUUACUUUAAGUUCAGACACUAUGGAUCAAUCAACUACAUCAUCACAAAGUUUAAUGUCAAGUCCAAGCAAUGAUUAUACUCGAACGGAUAUAUCUGAUAAAUCAUUAUCACCACAACAUAAUCGUUUAACUAAAUUACGUUAUUUUGAUGAUCGUCAAAUAAAUCCUACCGUUGGAAAUGUACCUGGUUUUCAUAUGCAACCAAGAAUGACUUCAAUAACAAAUGGACAAUAUCAACAAUCUCCAUUAGAUAAUCCAGGAGUUAAUCCAGCAUUUACUAUACGUCGUCAUUUACUUCAAGCUAAAGAAGAUUAUAUCCAAAUAGAACAAAUGAAAAAGACAAUAGAGGAACGUGUUAAAGUGGCAUUACCCGAUGAUAUUACUUAUGCAUUAAGUGAUGGUGUAGUACUUUGUCAUUUUAUAAAUCAAAUACGACCACGUGCUGUACAAAGUAUUCAUGUACCUUCACAAGCAGUUCCAAAAUUAUCUUUAGCUAAAUGUCGACGAAAUGUUGAAAAUUUUAUUGAAGCAAGUCGUCGUUUGGGUGUACCAGAAGUUGAUUUAUGUACUCCUCAAGAUAUAAUUGAAGAAAAAAAUACGGUGCGUUUAGCUCGUCAUAUUCAUUUAUUAGUUUCACCAGAAUCUUAUGAACAAACAAAUAGUAUUAUGAGUUUUACACAUGACUUGAAAUUACCAACAUAUGAUGAACUUGAAUGUCCAGUCGUAAAUGUUUCAUCAGCUGCAUUACGAGCAGGAAGUUUUCAUUUGGCGAAAUAUUGUGAUUUACAAUUUAAAGAAUUUAUAUUAUGUCGACAGGAAGAACAAGAUCCACGUAAAUGUCUAAAUGAAGGCAAAAAUGUUUCAUUAUGUGCUAUUAAUUUUUUUCAUAAAGUACGUGAAUCAUGUAAUGAUACAUUUACAACAUUUUGGACAUGUCUUGAUAAUGCUCGAGAAGGUGAAAUGUCAUUUAAUUCUUGUAAAGAAGAACAAAAAGCAUUUGAAUUAUGUUCAAAAAAUAAGAUGAAUUUAGAACGACCUGAACCAGGAUAUUUUUCAAUGAUUCGAAUGCAUGAUAGUAAACGACCUAUACCAUCGGAUCCAUUUAGAAUUGGUUCAUUAGAACGACAUCCACCAAAAUUAGAUGUACCAGAUCCACCAUUAUUAUCUCAAGCUAAUGAAUAUCCAGAAGCUAAAAUUGGAAUGAAAUUUGGACAUAGAAAACCUUGGAUGUUUGAAGCAAAAUUAUGGGAUUGA